GGCAGCAGCGCUCGGUAGCAGCAUCAGUAGGUAUGGAGUAGGGCCGGCGAGGAAGGGGCCCGGCCGAACCGUCCGACAAACGAUGCCCGACUUACUUCGGAGUAGUUGUUAACGUAGUAUGUGUGUGACAACGGGAUUGACAGCAUGGCUUCGCCGUCCAACCUAGGAGGAGGUUACUUCGAUCUUCAUCGGACCAUCAAUGGUUCUAAUUGCACGCAGCCGGCCAUCGAGGACUUUCCACACGACUUCUUCGACGAGAAGCAGCGGCAAGCCGGCGCCGUAGUCAUCCACGUCCUCAUCUCCCUUUACCUGUUCGUCGCCCUAGCUGUAGUAUGCGACAAAUUCUUCGUACCUGCCGUAGAAAAAAUAUGCCACGCGCUGUCGAUGUCGAAAGAUGUGGCAGGCGCGACUUUCAUGGCCGCGGCGACAUCGGCACCGGAGCUCUUCGUCAACGCGAUCGGCACCUUCAUCACCGAGGGCGACAUCGGCGUCGGCACGAUCGUCGGCUCGGCGGUUUUCAACAUCCUCGCCGUCCCCGCGUGCUGCGGUAUCGGCGCGGGAAUGCAAGUGGUGCCGCUGGACUGGUGGCCGGUGAGCAGAGACUGUCUGGCUUACGGUGUGACCGUGGCCAUCUUAAUCUGUAUUAUUCACGACGAGCGGGUCGAGUGGUAUGAGGCCCUUUCGCUCGUCCUCCUCUACAUCGUCUACAUCGCCGUCAUGUACUACGACAAGUCGUUCCAACGGUGUGCGCGUUUCCGCCGAAAGAACUCGACCGCGCCCGAGGCCCUCAAUGCCCGACCAGGUGACGCCGGGGAAAUUCACUUAUCGAGAUCCGAUAAAUUGCAAUCGCCCAUCGACCGCGUCGAGCAAAUUGCGACCAUCGACGUGCCACUGCAGAACGGCGGCACCAAGUCGCAGGAGGAGAAUCACGAGUCUGAAUACGAGUACCAGCUGUUGGUAUGGCCAUCGAAGGCCGGUUGGAUAAGAAAGACCGCGUGGAUAAUAACGUGGCCGAUUCACCUGAUAUUCAUGUGCACGAUCCCGGAUUGCGACAAACCCAGGUUCAAAAAGUGGUUCCCCGUGACCUUUCUCAUGUGCAUCGUCUGGAUCGGUUCCCUGAGCUACCUCGUCGCAUGGAUGAUCACCAUCAUCGGGGACACCCUAAAAAUACCAGACUCGGUAAUGGGGAUCACGUUUCUUGCAGCAGGGACGAGCGUGCCCGAAGCCGUAUCCAGUGUCAUCGUCGCUAAGCAAGGUCACGGCUCGAUGGGCAUAAGCAACUCGAUCGGCUCGAACACGUUCGACAUACUGCUCUGCCUGGGUCUCCCGUGGCUGAUCAAAUCAUCGUUCGCCCCGACCGUGAAGGGCCAGCACUACAUCAGCAUCAACUCGGGCGGCCUCGAGUACAGCGCGAUCUCCCUCCUCUCGACCCUACUGCUCCUCUACGUCGCCUUCGCCGCGAAUCGCUUCCAACUCGACCGCAAGGUCGGACGCGCCUGCCUCUGCAUGUACGCCGUCUUCCUCAUACUCGCCACCCUCAUCGAGCUCAACGUCUUCUUCAGGGUCAACUUGCCCACUUGUCCCCGAUAGGGUUCUCAACUACAAUAUUACUACUAUUGCCCAAUAAUCUCUUGUUCAUCCAACACCACCACUAUGCUCUCCCUUCGUUCCUACCUUCACACCUAUUACCUUCCAACUAUAGACAAGUGCGGUUUUUUUUUUUUUUUUUUUUUUUCUUUUUUUUUACUACUACUAUUAUUGUUCUUACUACAGCUGACAUACGCUAACGUAACGUUGAGUGUGUGUUUUAUCUUUGGUGUUGAUUUCAAAUAGAUUAUCAUCAUCUGUACAAGCCGCGCGACCUCGAAUCAAACAUAGCGAGAAAAAAAAAAAAAAAAAAUACUGUUACGUCGAUAUUUUUGUGAAUUUCGGUUGUUUACGCCAAAUGUGGCUUUAGCAUGUUUUUUAAAUUGUAAAAUUCCAUAUUUUCUUUCUUUGCAAGAGUUGGUAAAAAAUAGUAAUAGUAAGUAAUAGUUAACAAAAUAACAAAAGAAGGGACGAAGAAGAGAGCGUGCCAAGGCAACGAUGUGUACGUGUGUGUGCGCGUGUGCUAAAUGUGCGUGUACGUUUACAGUUCAUUUUUAGGUUCUUUGCACGUGUGAAACAACAACAACAAUAAUAAUAAUAAUAAAAGCAUGAAAAUUUGUUGGCCUUAUUGAAAGGGUAAACGCUUAGGUACAACUGUUACGUGAAGAAUAUGAAUGAUCUUCAACAAUUGUUUGACCACUAAUAAAAUAGACGAAUUUACAGUUUAUCCAUUUUGUGAAACAUUUAUGUGAAAAAAAUAUUGAUCUUUUGGUUAUUUUGUAUAUUUAACGAUAUUUUACUUUUGUGUUGUCAUUAAAUUUAUCGAGGUAAAAUCGAGUCGUUAAACACAAAUCUACCUUAUUGACAAUAUGUACCAAUUUUCUUCAGUUUAUUAACGUUAUUUACCUUAAUUUCUCAAAACGUCUGACACAGUUCUUGUAUAAGUCUUAUUUUCUUCCUUACAAAAAAAAAAAAAAAAAAAAAAAUUUCAAUAAGUUAGAUUUCUGUUUUACGAACUGACAAAUCCCUUCAACUGCUGAAAUGAUAACAGGCACAUACGUAAUGUAUAAUUUAUCAUGACAAUCUAAUAAAUCUCAAUGGACAGGCAAUUCUCGCGCUUCACUUUUAUAUAUACAUCGCAAGAAUUGAAAUGUCCUUUCAAGUGUGCUAGGCGAUAAAAUCUCUCGUUAACUCUAUUACAUUAAGUUUCAUAGAUUAUAAAUUUUAUUCAUUUGUUAGCUAUUAAUGAAAUGGUCACCGAUUUUUGUCUACAUUAAAAAAAAUUUAUUUUUUCUGUAACCCCAUAUAAUUGCGUUAAUUUGAAUGCGUGCGGGUGAGAAGAAAAAAGUAUACUAUUAUACAUGGAUUCUCGCGUUAAAAUGUGUUCUUAUACUCGCUUAACAAUAUAAAUUUUAGAUUUUUCAGGAAUAUCCGCAAACCAAUGUAUCGUUAUGUAACUAAUUUGAUGACCAAAAAGCUUCGGAAUCUCGAAAAAGAAAAACUUUGUACAUUUAAAAAAAAGGUGACGUAUGUAUGCAAUUUAUUACGUAAAGAUGGAGAAAAAAAAUGCGAUGUUUAUGCAUACAUGUACAUGUAUUACAUUAAAAAUGUGUCAAUAAAUCUCAUUUCGUACGA